AUGGGACCCGAUUCUUGUAUUUCUCUGCUAUUAAGGUGCAAGAAUGUUUUUCAAGUCAGACAAGUUCAUGCCCAUUUGAUAGCCAAUGGAACAUUACGGCACCUUCUUGUUGCAAACAAGCUCCUUUACCACUAUGUCCAACACAAGGCCAUUGAUUAUGCUCAUUACCUGUUUGAUAGAAUGACAAUGAGAGACCCCACGACUUGGAGCGUCAUGAUUGGUGGGUUUGCCAAGGUUGGUGACUAUGCUAGUUGCUAUGCCACCUUUAGGGAGAUUCUGAGGCGUGGUGUCACCCCUGAUAACUACACUUUACCCUGUUUGGUAAGAAUUUGUAGGGACAGAAAGGAUCUUCGAAUGGGUCGUGUGAUCCAUUGCGUUGUGUUGAAAGAUGGGUUGCAUUUGGAUCAUUUUGUUUGUGCCUCCUUGGUUGACAUGUAUACAAAGUGUGUGGUGGUUGAUGAUGCCCGGUGGCUGUUCGAUAGAAUGCUUAGUAAGGACCUUGUGACUUGGACAGUGAUGAUCGCUGCGUAUGCUGAUUGCAAUGCCUACGAGUCGUUGGUAUUGUUCGAUCAGAUGAGGGAAGAAGGUCUUGUUCCUGACAAGGUUGCUAUGGUGACUGUUGUCAAUGCCUGCGCCAAAUUGGGGGCUAUGCAUAGGGCUAAGUUUGUUAAUGAGUAUAUUUUGAGGAAUGGUUUCUCUUUGGAUGUGAUCUUGGGGACUGCAAUGAUUGAUAUGUUUGCUAAAUGUGGGAGUGUUGAGUCUGCAAGAGAGGUUUUUGAUAGGAUGAAAGAAAGAAAUGUUAUGACUUGGAGCGCCAUGAUUGCUGCAUACGGCUAUCAUGGUAGCGGCAAUGAGGCCGUUGAUUUAUUUCAUAUGAUGCUGAGCUGUGGUAUGUUACCUAACAGAGUCACCUUUGUUUCUCUGUUAUAUGCUUGUAGUCAUGCAGGGUUGAUUGAAGAGGGCCUUCGUUUUUUCGAUUCGAUGUGGGAAGAGCAUGCUAUCAGACCUGAUGUCAAGCAUUAUACUUGUAUGGUUGAUCUUUUAGGCCGCGCCGGAAGGUUAGAUGAGGCUGUAAAGUUGAUCGAGGCGAUGAAUGUUGAAAAAGAUGAGAGGCUGUGGAGUGCUUUGCUUGGGGCAUGUAGAAUUCAUAAGAACAUGGAGUUGACAGAAAAGGCAGCAGAUUCUCUACUUGAAUUACAUCCACAAAAUCCAGGGCACUAUGUGUUACUAUCUAAUAUUUAUGCAAAAGCUGGUAAGUGGGAAAAGGUUGCAAGAUUUCGGGAUAUGAUGACACACAGGAAUCUGAAGAAAGUUCCAGGAUGGACUUGGAUCGAAGUGGAUAACAAAACGUAUCGAUUUAGCGUUGGAGAUAGAUCUCAUCCUCAAGCAGAGGCGAUAUACAAAAUGUUGAUGAAUGUGAUAAAGAAGUUAGAAAUGGCUGGUUAUGUUCCUGAUACAGAUUUUGUGUUGCAAGAUGUUGAUGAGGAAGUUAAGCAAGAAAUGUUAUACACACACAGGAUCUCCAAGAACUUGAGGGUAUGUGGUGAUUGUCACACAUUCAGUAAGAUGGUUUCUGCCAUUAUGAGAAGGUCCAUAGUUGUUAGAGAUGCAAAUCGUUUUCACCAUUUCAGAGAAGGGUCUUGUUCCUGUGGGGACUAUUGGUAA